CGACAUGCAGUGCUUAAGGAAACAAUGCCUCGCCGUUUCGUUAAAAGAAAGAAACGCCAACUACCCACGCAGAGAAACACGGUCGUUUGCCGGGGAAGAACUAGUUUAUCCGUAACAAUGACAGUUAUCAAACACGAGCAACGGAGCAAGUAAAUAUGUUCGAUUAAGGAGCGAUAGUUCGACUUUUACUCGAGCGACGAUGGAUUCCGAAGAAGAAGCCACUCAGCCUCAGAGAGAGCAAUCAACAGUGGCAGAAGCUUUAAUCGCUCAGCCAGAACUCGAUCCACCGUCCGCGUCUCCUGAAUCAAGACCUGAUUCCAAUGAACCCGACAGCACAGAUUCUAAACAAGCCUUGAACCAGCGCGAGAUCUUCAAGGCUCUGAAAGUCGUUGAGAGAGACUCUUUGGCAAUCGCCGAGAGCUUCACCGGCCUCUUCGCAUCUCUUCGCUUGGCUCUAUCUGAGGUCACUACCAACUCGACUGAUCAUAUGCAAUGCUUUGGAGAUGCUGCCGGUCGUCUUCAGGAGUCUGUACUUGAUGCAGCAACGAAAGGAAACCGAUAUAUCAAUUCUUGUCUCAGAUUAAACGAGGAAAUGAAGGGAAUUGAUUCCCUAGCUGGACAACUAAAAAUCCUGAGGAGAAAUGUGGAUGCUUUAGACACUGCUGUGAACAGGCUUAUCCGAUUACCAUGACAUGGAGCUGCUUUGCUAUUUGGCUGUCACUCAGGGGAACAUUAUAUACAGCUUCCAAAGUGCUGCUUUUGCUUCAGAAGUUUUCCAUUGCCUGCCUGGCGACAAGGUAGUUGUUAAGAACUCUGUCCAAACAAUUCCAAUUUCUGAAAAUGUUGAUAAACUAGCUCUGCAAAUGGUGCAAUCAUGCAGGAGAGGGAGUUCUUAGAUUGUGUUCCAAAUCUGGUGGCAGGAACUGCUGUUUUGUAUAAGAUAACUAAUUUAAUGUAUGCACAUUUUUUAAAUAGUUGCAUUGGCUUUUAUGGGUUUCAUGUUAUGAACAAAUUUUGUGACUGGUUUGAGCUUGAUAUGAACUUCUAAUCAAAUACCAAUUUUCUUUUUGUCU